CUUCUCCUUCCUCUGUGGGUUUCAUGGCGGUUUCCAGGCCAAGUUUUUAAGGUGCACCGCCACCUCAUGAACUUCUUUACAUUUAAAAUCCUUUCUCAUUGUCAGCUCAUUAUAUGGACAGAUUUGGAACAUAAUAAUAGCAACAACAUUUUAGUCUGUUUCCAUUCCCUGGUAUAUUUCACAUUAAAUUUUGUCUGGUUUUAUUUUUAGUUUAUUUAAUAUCUUAAAAAACGUGAAUCUGCUCUCAGGUAUGACAACAACACUCUUCCUCACACCUGAGGAAGAUCUCCUCUUCUAAAGUUCCUUCACUGAGAGGAUUAUGGCUGAUGGGAUCAUGCAGUGUUUAUGAAGAUGAUGACGCGCACACACAGACACACACACACACACACAGACACACACACCUGCAGCAGCUUCACCCAUCCUGAGAGUGUCUGAGAGCUCCAGUAGAUUCAGCAUGCCUGACUUUGAUAUCAUCGUCCUGGGCACUGGGCUCAAGGAAUGCAUCCUGUCCUGUCUCCUGUCCAUCUGCGGGAAAAAGGUUCUUCACAUCGACCAGAACCCAUUUUAUGGAGGAGAGAACGCCUCCAUCUCACCUCUGGAGGAGCUCUAUAAGCAGUUCCAGGUUCCGGGGCCUCCUAAAGGAAUGGGACGAGGCAAGGACUGGAACGUUGACCUGAUUCCGAAGUUCAUGCUUUCCAACGGGCCCCUGGUGAAGAUGCUGCUGUUCACGGAGGUGACACGUUAUCUGGACUUCAAAGUCAUUGAGGGCAGUUACGUCUUCAAAGGUGGAAAAAUUCACAAAGUUCCCAUCACAGAGGCAGACGUCCACGCCUCAGAUCUGAUGGGGAUGUUUGAUAAGAGGAGAUUCCGGAAGCUUCUUCUCUUCAUCCUGAGCUUUGAGGAACACGACCCCCGCACUCACCAGGACAUGGACCCACACCGGACCACCAUGAGGGAUGUCUUCCGCCAUUUUGAUUUGGGACUGGACGUAGUGGAGUUCGUUGGACACGCACUGGCUCUGUACAGCACUGAUGAUUAUCUGGACCAGCCGUGUCUGCAGACCAUUAAGCGGAUACGGAUGUACUCGGAGUCUGUGGCUCGGUACGAUCACAGUCCUUACCUGUAUCCGCUGUAUGGACUCGGGGAGCUGCUGCAGGGCUUUGCCAGGCUGAGUGCUCAGCAUGGAGGAACAUACAUGCUGAACCGCCAUGUUGAUGACAUCGUCAUGGAGAAUGGAAAAGUGGCAGGUGUGAAAUCUCAGGGAGAGCUCCUGUGUGAUCCCAGCUACGUCCCUAACCGGGUGAAGAAAGUGGGGCGGGUUAUCAGGGUCAUCUGCCUGCUGAACCAUCCAAUCAAAAACACUCACGAUGCAAACUCAUGCCAGAUCAUCAUACCUCAGACGCAGGUGCACAGGAAAUCCGAUAUCUACGUGUGUUUGAUCUCCUUCACUCAUAACGUGGCUCCUGAAGGGAAGUACAUUGCUGUAGUGAGCACGAGCGUGGAGACGAGUAACCCGGAGAAGGAGGUGCAGCCGGGACUGGCGCUGCUCGAACCCAUCAUGGAGAAGUUUGUCUCCAUCAGCAACGUCAUGGUGCCCACAGAUGAUGGGAGGCGGAGUCAGGUUUUCGUGUCGCACUCCUACGACGCCACCACACACUAUGACAUGGAGUGUGAGAACAUUAAGGACCUUUUCAGGCGCAUGACAGGGACAGAGUUCAGCUUCGAAGAUUUUCGCAGAGAGUGCGAGGUCGACACGGACGAUUAAAACUGCAGCACACACACACACACACACUUUUUAAAACUGUUGUUAUGAUCAAGGUCACACUUUUACCGCCGGUGUGAAGACGAGUGAA